AUGCUGGAUAGUCUGAGGAAUAGGUUUGUACUUCCCAUUGAUAGAAAUAAGCGUAAUGAAUCAGGUAGCGCGUUUGGAAUCUCGUUCGAUUUGAAUAGAACAAAGCGAAAAUCGAGCGGAUGUUGGAGUGAAGAAACGAGCGGAGUACAAGAUCUUGGUACAUUAAAGUGUCUGGAGGAUUAUGUGCAGUGCCGUGAAGUCGCUCAGGGCCGAGAAUGUCCCUACAAAGAUUCCUGCAAGUUUGACCACGACGUGCAAGCCUUCUUCGCCAACCGCCAGCCUGACAUCAGUCCGAUGUGUCCCGUAUGGGAAAGGCACGGUUACUGCCCGAUGGGUCUGAAUUGCCGCUGGGCGGGCAGCCACACGUCCAGCGAUCUGAAGCCGGUGGCGAAGCCCACGGAGGAGCAAACCCCGAUCAUCGAAUACAACGAGAUCGGCAAUCUGCUCCAAACCCUCCGAAAGAAAACCUACCUCUUCACCACCUCCGAUUCCCCCGUUUCAUCGACCAAUCCGCCGUCUACUGAACCCGCGGAACCUACUGAACCUAUGGACCCCGCGGAAUCUCCGAAGCCCGUCGGCGCUCUGGGCGAGGCCGAGGUCCGUCCCGUGGAUUUCCGCGGGAAGAUCUACAUCGCUCCGCUGACAACCGUGGGGAACCUUCCGUUCCGCCGGCUGUGCGUGGAAUUCGGCGCGGACAUCACGUGCUCGGAGAUGGCCAUCACCACGAACCUCCUCAAAGGCCAGGUCUCCGAGUGGGCGCUGCUCCGCAGACACCCCUGCGAGCGCGUCUUCGGCGUGCAGAUCGCCACCGGCCGCCCCGACGAGGCGCGCAAGACCGCCGAGCUGCUUCGCCGCGAGUUUCGCUGCGACUUCCUGGACCUGAACUGCGGGUGUCCGAUCGACGUGCUGGACAAAAUGGGCGCGGGCGCGGCGCUGAUGGGCCAUCCGAGCAAGCUGCGGCGCAUCCUGACCGGCGUGCUGGACGGCGCGGAGACGCUGCCCGUGGUGUGCAAGCUGCGCACCGGAGACCGCGAGAACAGCCUGGAGAAGUUCGUGGGGAGCCUGGCGGCGCUGCAGGGACGGCGAGGGAACCGCGUGAGCGCGCUGACGAUCCACGGACGCACGAAGGUGGGCCGGUACACGAAGCUGGCGGACUGGGAGUACGUCGAGAAGUGCGCGGCGCUGGCCAAGCAGAGCGCGAGCGAUGUCCAGGUCAUCGGCAAUGGCGACGUCUUUGACCACGAAAUGUACUACGAGCAUCUCCAAUCCGGAGUGCUGAGCGGCGUUAUGAUCGGGCGCGGCGCGCUGAUCAAACCGUGGAUCUGCACCGAAAUCAAGGAGCGAAGGCAUUGGGAUAUUUCCGCGGGGGAGCGUCUGGAGAUCGUGAAGCGGUUCUGCGAUUACGGGUUGGAGCAUUGGGGCAGCGACGAGCAGGGCGUGGACCGCACGCGCCGCUUCCUGCUGGAGUGGUUGUCGUUUCUGUGCAGGUAUGUGCCGGUGGGGAUUCUGGAGCGGCCGCAGCGGAUCAAUCAGCGGCCAUUCGUGUACGUGGGACGAUCGGAGCUGGAGACGCUGCUGGGGAGCCACAACGCGAAGGACUGGAUCAAGAUCUCGGAGAUGUUUUUGGGUCCGGUGGCGGAGGGAUUUACGUUUAUUCCCAAACACAAGUCGAACGCGUAUGUGGAGUAGUAGUAGUAGUGGGUCGUGGGUGAUUCGGC